AUGAAUCGUGCAUGGAUGUAUGGUAGUCGUGACACGAGUGAAUUCGUGGAUGGGGUCUUUGGAUUUUGUGAUGAUGCAUUAAGUCAUCAGGCUGUAACGGGAACUGAGGGGUUUUAUUGUCCUUGUGUUAAUUAUGGCAAUAUGGGCAUGGUUAGUAACAUUGGGUCGCUAAGGGAGCAUAUCUUUCGUCGCGGGUUUAGGCAAGACUACCAUGUAUGGGUUUGGCAUGGUGAGGAGCGAAUAUAUGAUGGUGGGAAUGCCGUUGUUAACGAUGUGCAUGAAAGAGGUGAGUUUGAUGUCAUUGAGAAUGACAAGAACCUCGAUGACGAAUAUGAGAAUAUUGAAUUAGAGGAUGAUGAUGAUGGGGACCAUAUAGAGGAGAUGAUUUUGGGAGUGGAUGAUCAUGCUGGGAAAUGGCCUCGUAUUUUUGAGUGCACGGCCAUGAUAACACUCUUAAACAUCAAGACGAAAGUCGGUAUAAGGGACUCAGAUUUCACUUCCUUAUUACAAGCAUUUGGUGAUAUGUUUCCGGACGACCAUGAACUACCGAAGUCGAACUAUUAUGCUGAGAAACUGAUGUGUCCCUUCGGAUUGGAGUACCAGAAGAUACAUGCUUGUCCAAACGAUCCUGUGCUACAUCAAAAUGAACAUGCGAAUAUGGAUGAGUGUCCUCGAUGUGGGAAGUCGCGUUAUAGGCGUGCAGGGGUUGGUUAUAAGAAAGGGCCUCCAGCAAAGGUGAUGUGGUAUCUUCCGAUUAUCCCACGAUUCAAGCGCAUGUUUUCAAUCAAGAAAGAUGCUAAGAACUUGAGGUGUCAUGCAACGAAGGAAAAAGGAUGGUUUUCUCAAACAUCCGACUGA